GGUGUACAUUCUGUCUUCUUGCACACAAAAAAUCUUCAUGAAAGUUGAAAACAGAAAGUCAAACUCGCUCAGGUAUUAUGAGCUGGAUUCCAAGAACGGCCUUCUUGAGAACCUGAAGAACAAGACUGUAAUUGGGUACCCAGUGCUUCAUAUAGUACUCGAAGAUCACUUCCAUCAGUAUGUGGGUCUUGGACAAGGGACCAAUGAAGGGAAUGAAGACUCCUCAGCAGGUAUUCCAGUUAAAGAGUCGGUGGAGCAGGAGGAAGGGGAAAUCCAGGAUGAUACUGACGGAGUUCUGAGUUAAGGAUAUCGGACAGCAGUAUGUGAUACAAAAUCCAGAAUGAAUUACAAAGUUCUUCCUUAUAUAUAAUGUCAAUGGCACCCAACACCCCCCUUUUUUGUUAAAUGAUGCCUUCAUUUUUACAUGAGCAGUAUAUACGUUUGAAUAUGAUAUUUCAGCAGUGGUUAUGUUGAAAAGAAAACCUACAUGCACACAAGGUGUGCACUUUUUAUUUCUGUACUGCAAUUGUUAAUCUCCAUGUUUUAUCCUCUUUUAAUGAAUUUAAUUUAUCUACAGAGCCAUACCUUAUGCACAGUUGUGUUUUUUUUUCAUUAUUAGGCUAUUGUGUGUGAUCUGUAACAAACAAAAUGAUGUGCCUUACAAAACUUUCCCUUUUAGUGAAUCAAAACAAAUUAUGCUGUUAACAUGCUUUUUGUAUACAUUAUAUGCUGACAGGUUUAGGAGUACUACCUUCAUCCACAGCUAGAAAGUCUUUAGUGUCAACUGUAAAACACAAGGAGAGGCAUUAUCUGACAGCUCAGUGUACAUAGGUACUUUGGUAAAAGCGAUUAUUUGCUGUCGAGAUGUGAUAAAUGUGGUUGUUUUAUGUCAUCUACAGUGCCUAUAGAAAGUCUACACCCUCUUUCAAAAUUUUCACAUUUUGUUGCAUUAUAGCCUGGAAUUAAAAUGCAUUAAAAUAGUUUUUUUUUCAUUUAUCUACACAUCCUACCCCACAUCUUCCAAGGGGAAAAAAUAUUUUAGAAAAUUAAUUCAAAAUAAAAACUGAAAU